AGUAUUUGGCGUCGCUAUUCGAAAGUGCAUGUCAACCAGCAUAGAUGUCAGUUAUUAAACCACGUUGUAAAUAUUAUUGCCAGCUUUUGUUUUACAAUCAGACGACUUAAUAAAUUUAUGAAGUUGUUUGUGUGUCAAAAAAAAGAGUGUCGUUUCGCCAGUAGGAAGAUGGUAGUUGCGUUGUGACUGAAAUCUAUGUAUUUAAGAGUAUGUGAAUUGUAAUUUUUGCAUGCUAGGAAACAGUAGGUAUUACACAGCACCAAGCAACAGCAGUGUUUGUUGACGGGGAGUGAAGUACAUCUGACGACAACCAACAGCUGGAAUAGUUUGCCAUGUUCUGUAGCCACCAAACACGUCUGGGAGGAAGCUUUUGUGCAUCUUCCAUGUAAAUUGUCAUUGUGGUAUAUUUGUUAGGGUUUUUUAUCCUUUUGCAUCGCCAGCAGAGUUCAUAAAUGCCAAAACCCUACUGCAGAUUACAGUCACUGCAUGUUAAGAAUAAGAAUCACAAAAUAACCUUUAAAUUUUAUAGGACUUAAGUGAUAUCGACGGGGAUUAAUAAUGAAGAUUAAAAAGUUUUUUCUGAAUAUAGUAUUAAAGAUAUGGCACAGUUUUCUCGCAUUUUGGAAUUGGUUCCGCGAUACGAAGGAAAGUUCAGUCCAAAUUCUGCAUAUAAGUAAAAAUUUUAUUAUUGCAAAUAAAUCUUAUGAUGUUGUUAUGAACAGUGAUGAUCCAUCUGUUAAGGUUUCUUUACAACUGCAGCUACGAAAGUUACAUCCAGAAUUAAUAAACCAGAAGCUUGCACAUGACUUUCACUUCGUGCAUCGUUUGGACUUUGCAACAAGUGGUGCUGUUUGUAUUGCUUUACACAAACGUGCAGCGAAAGCAGCAGCAACAGCUUUUGAAACAAGAAAAACGAAAAAGUAUUACGUGGCCAUUGUUCGAGGACAUGUUGCUAAAGAGCUUAUGGACAUUACAGAUCCAAUUGGUGAAGACAAAAGGGAACGACAUGGUAACCAUCGCAUGUGUCUGGCUUCUGAUCCUAACAGCUGUUACGCAAAAUUUGCACAUACACGAUUGCUAGUUCUUCAGCGUGGGCUUUAUGGAACAUAUCCAGCCACAAAAGUAUUGUUAAGGCCAGUCACUGGAAGAAGACAUCAGCUGCGCGUUCAUUGCAUGAGCAUAGGUCACACCAUUGUUGGAGAUUACACGUAUAGUAAUAAAAACGAUAGUUUACCAACUCGAAUGUAUUUACAUUCUUAUAGGCUGGUUAUACCAAAUGACAUUGAAUCUAUAGAUAUUCAGACUGCAGAUCCAUUCAAAAAUGAAAAUAAUCCACACACAUGGAUGGUGGUAGAAGCUUUAAAUGACUUAGAUGAAAAUGUAUUCAAGAAAUUGGACACCCAAGACUGAAGGUCUAAUUUCUUGAUGGGAUCUAUGGACAUGUGUGAAUGAAUGAAAAAGAUAAAUUUACUUUGCAUAGAGGUAAUUGAAGUGACACACUGGGUCAGACAGUGGGUUUAAUUCCCUGUAAAAGUUAAUGAAGUGUUGUCCAUUAACGUAUGUCUCCCUGCUGCAAGGAAUUGUUCCAGGAAGAAAUAUGUGAGCUGAAUUGCACACCGGAAAGUGCAGUUUGAGCAAGCUACAUUAUUGCACUGAAAACUGCAACAACUGGAAGACCUUUUAUGAAUGGCUAAUUUGUAAAAGAGUGUUUUGUAGAGUGUUUGGAGGUAAUAUAGAGUGUUUGGAGGUAAUGUAGAGUGUUUGGAGGUAAUACACCCAUCUGUAGUGGCCCAGUUUGAGGCGGUAAGCUUGUCUGAACAUACAAUUUCUCGAAGAGUGCAAGAAAUUGGUGCAGAAUUAAAGGAGCAGUUUUGCAGUAAAUGUUGUAUGUUUGUAGAGUACUUGAUUGCCUUUGAUGAGAGCACUGACAAUCACAGCAUAGCUCAACUUACAAUUUUUGUAAGGGGUUUCAAAAAAGAUUUCAUUGUUACUGAGGAACUGUUGCAUGUUAUUUCUUUGAAAAAUACCACAGUCAGGGAAGAUAUUUUCCUGGCUGUAGAGGUGGUUUUGAACAAUAUACAGUUGUUACUCGAGUGCCUAUACAGCAUUGCAACUGAUGGGGCCCCUGCAAUGUUGUUGGAAGGGGUAGAUUUUGUAGGACAUAUGAAAAAAAAGUACACGAAUCUGAGCUUCCCCCAGUUUUGAUAGUACACUGUGUCUUUUAUAUCAAGGACAGCUAAGUGCAAAAGUUUUCCACAAGUUAGGUCCAUCGUAGAUAAUGUUGGAAAAAUUGUGAGGUUUUGUAGACAGCAAAGCUUGAAUCAUCGGGAAUUUGAAGGAUUCUUGGAAGAUAUUUAAUCAGUUCACAAAGAUAUGCCUUUUUAAUUGCGCUGCACGAUGGUUAAGUUGCUCAAAAGUACUCUGUCUUUUUUUCAUUUGAGACAAGAAAUAGCUCUGUUCGCUGAUAGGAAAGGUUUUCUACAGUCAGACUUGGAUGAUGAGCAACAUAUCACUAACCUCGCUGUCAUGAAAGACAACAUGGGGUUGCAAGCUAAAAAUAAAUUAAUCAGUGCUAUGUGUGACUAUACUGAAAGUUUCAUAUUGCAUCAUUUGCUUUUUAAAAGCCAGCUUCAAGAAGGAAAUUUGUACAAUUUUCCCCUCCCUGAAAUUCUUGAAUUUAGGUACUUAUGAAGACAUAAACUGAGUAAAAUCUGCACCCAAAGUGUUUAUGAUGCCAUUUUCAGUGUGUGCCCACAGGAUGCCCCAUCAAGCGUCCAAGUUGAGCUGAUAAAACUAAAGUCCAAUUCAGUUUUGACAGACUGCUAUUAUCAUUACAAUGGUGAUUUGAUUUCAUUGUAUAAAGGCACUGAUCAACAAGAAUUCCCGAGGAUUCACGCCCUUGCCCUGAAAUAUAUAGCUAUGCUUGGAACAACAUUAGUUUGUGAACAGAUGUUUUCAAUUAUGAGUAUUAACAAAACAAAACAAGGUCAAGUUCAUCUGAUGCUUUGUUGGAAGCUAUGCUUCAAAUUUGCAACUGCCAAAAUGAUUGUUCCAAAUAUCGGAAAAUUAGUGGCUUCAAAAUGGUGCCAAAGAUAAACAAAGAAUGUUGUAAAUUAAUGUAAAAUAAGGAGUGCA